AUGGUUGCGGUGAAGAUCAAGCAAUUUGUUAUUGAAAAGAGCUGCAACGCCCAAAAUGCGUCUUACUAUGAGAGCAAAGCAAAUAAGUAUAAUAGGGCAUUCGACUUGCCAAGUUGGUUAUUUCACGGGAUCGGAGAAUCCACCGCUUACCUCAAGAUGAUGGAACUCUCCGUGCUGAGCUCUGUCACCGUCAUCCUGAAUUAUGUAUUGCAAUGCAUCAACGGCGGUCUACUAAAUGUCUUCUUUACUCCUACAUAUAACCAAACCUCAAAGCAAACGACGUAUGAAUUUGGCAUGAAUCAAGAUCGUUUGAUGAAAUACGUGAAAGGAGUACUCACGAUCUCCGGAAAGGAUUUACCCCUUGACGUAUUAAAAACCUUUCCUGAAAGCAUUGGAGGUGGCGAUAAGGGCGUCAAGGAGGCUCAAGAAAACCCUAAUCGAGAGGUUAUUUUCAUCAUUGGACCAGUGGCAGCCGCGAUUAUUAUGUUGAUUGCUAUUCUCGGACUCAUUUUAAUAAACUUUUGCACAUGCACCACAAAAGGUUGUCACAAUCACAAGAAGAAGAAACCGAAGAGCAUAAACAGCGGGGGGAAGUCACGGACAAAGCCUGCCGAAGUAGCUAAGGUGGAGGAACGCGAAGGAACGCGCCAAGGUCCUUCAUAUAAUAGACAAUUUGACAAUGGUUACGACGGGUAUGCCUUUUACAGAAACAAGGGUGACAACGAUUCCGAAAGUGAUACAACGACCGACGAGGAGGACGAACCAAAGGACUUUGCAGAGAACGUGAGAGACCUCUUCACACUCAACAAGACCACCGCCUUCGGCAGCAAAGUGGAGAAGCGUCAAGAAAAGAUAAUGGAGAAAGUCGAAGAGAUUGCAGAACGCUCAGAAUUUGUGCACAAAAAUCAAGGGUGGAUUUGUUGCAGCUGCCACCUCCUCACAAUGCUUCUCGACAUCGUCUAUGUGGUCGGUCUCAUUGUCUGCGUGGUCGUCUACAUUAUGGCCGCUCAGCAGGUGGCACAGGUGAUGGAGCAACCAUCCAGUGACAAUAGCACUCUGAAGAACCAGGUGGUUGCUUGGUUGGGGAACAAAUCCUCCUACUACAAUCUUCCCGGUACUGUGUCUUUUGUUCUCAAUGAGACGGUUGUACUUCUGGAUGAAAUUGCUACCAAUCUUAUCAAUACUAUGAACAAGACGCUGGAUGACUUGAAGGGUCAAAUGAAUACCACAGUCUUACAAGGUGCAACUGUCAUAUUCAAUAAGCUCCAAAGUGUCACUGGAAUCGACAAGGUCUUCAAUGAAACAUUCCGUCUCUCCAUGAGGCUCACCGACCUUAUGAGUAGUGUCAAUGCCACUGCAGCUAACUACAACUCCACUAUUAAGAACGUGGUUUCCCUCAAUGCAACAUUCGCCCAGUGUUAUUCGGAAAUCAAGGCCAAUUGUACAAAGAGCAAUUGCACAAUCAGUGAUACGGAGUUGGAAAUACUCCUAUUCAAAUUCAAUGCAACAGCAGUUGUAUAUCCUCUCGGCGCCGAUGCACUACAAGCUAUCGUCAAUCAAUUCAACGAUUUCGCAGCAAAACUUGAAGAACUGCAGAAAGAAAUGAAUGCAAUGCCAAGUCAAUUGGCCUCAAACAUCACAUCCAACCUAAACUUUACAUCACAAAUCAACGACCUUAAAUCACAACUCGAUGGUGCGCUGAAUGAAGUCAAACCACAUAUAGAAGACGUGGCUAAGCACAUUCCACAAUACGUUGAUAAGGCUAGGCCCUACAUCACUCCCGCUCUCUACUCACCAGCAGCAGUAAUAGCCGUAAUUGCACUCAUCUUCUUCGCAUGUCUGCUGCUGUUCGUCGCUGAGGCAUUCCACCGCCGAUUAUUCUCUCCCACUGGAAAAGCGCCCUCCGAGCUUGCAGAAGUGUUUCGCGACAAGAGAAGGAGUCACAUUUGUGGUGGCUGUCGCUUCCUCAUAUGCUCAAUCCUCUUCAUCCUUCUCAUCAUCUUGUCGCUGUUGGCUGCAGUCGUUUUGGUGGUUUGCAGCAUCCUGGCUGUGGAGGUGUGUCCAUAUGUGUACAUGGAAAAGGGAAUGAAUCAGAGUGACUACGUUCUGAACAGCAUACUGGCUGGCAAAUGGCCUGCAAUACAACAGCAAAAUGAACUCCUCGAUGUGGCUCCUCCGAAGAACAUCCUCUAUGGUCUGAGUGUAGUCUGUGUCCCUACUAACAAAACUGAUCCCAAAUUGCUGCCAAGUCUUGGCAUUGACAAGUUGGCGAAUGUGACAAAGCUUGCGGAGAAAGAGGAGUUCAAAAAGAAAAUUACCGACUUAAUCAACCAAAUGGCUACUACAAUUUCAGGUCAAAUACCGCCAGAUUUGCUUCAAAAAUUGGAAAACAUGAAGCAAGAGGUCGAUAAAUUAAAGACUUUUCUACAAUAUUAUAAUGCAGAGAAUGCUGUCAAAGAACUGGCGAAGUUCACAGGUGUAAAUAUGGCAGAACUUGAACAGCUCCUCGUCAAGGUGAAAACCCAGUUACAAGGCGAACCUGUAGCUCAGGAAUUAGAGGAAGCUAUUAAGCAACUGAAAGAAAAUAAAACCAAGAUUGAGGUACUUCAAAACGCUUACCAAGGAAUCGCAAACCAAUCCACAAUCCCCGAUGAUCUUAAGCAGUAUAUCGAUGAUUCGCAAACCACUAUAAAGGCAAGUUACUUUCCUUUCUGUCUAAGCAAUGGCAUUAUUGCCCUCCUUCAAAAUGAAACUGAGUUGCAAAGCGUCAUGCAAAAAGAUAUAAAGCCAAUGCUAUUGGACCUACUGGUAAUGAUCCUCGAAGAAGUCACAAGUGCAUUGAAUGGAUUAGUGACAAAGAUAAUGCCCUGUGCCAACAUGCACUACAUCCUCGAGGCUCUUGUGGCAACCGGGUGCUCCUCCACCGGUCUCGUCACUCGAUUCUUCGGGUGGGCACUGGCGCUCACUCUCACCAUCCUCUUCAGCUUCCUUUCCUUCGUGGGUCUAUUCAACCUCUGGUGCAUUCAGUCCCACCAGAUCAAACGCUUCUACGGCGCCUAA